AUGGCGUAUGUUGAACAGCACCGGAAACGAUCUAAAGUCGCGUGCGAGACAUGUCGUGAACUGAAGCGGAAGUGUGAUGGCGCCAGUCCCUGUGGGACCUGCGUACGGUUCGAAUACCAUUGUUCCUAUGCAGAGAGUUCCGCAAGGAGGAAGAGGAAGCAUCUGGCACGGGGCGAUCAUCCCGUCCUUGCCGCUCCAAUCCCGGCCCCAGACUCUGUCUCCGGCCCUCAGUCCACCCCUCGCAACUCCGCGUCGGCGCCGUCCACGACAUCCAACUCCUGCUCACCGCAUAACAACCUGCUGACCGUCGAGGCAAACUCGGGAGCUGCCUUCGUCCGUAAGCUGGCACUCGGGAUCGACCCCAAAAAUGCCCCUCGGAUGCAUCUCUUCGCCUGGAAUGCCUUUUUGGGCGCGCGAGAGUCUACCGGGACUCCAGUCUCGCGGCUCAUCACCGAUAUUGUGUCCGAGGCUGACAUGGUGGCCCUGUCCAAAGUUUACUUUGCUGAUGUUGAUCCUUGUUAUGGGUUUAUCAAGCGCCAAGAGUUUGAACAGCAUAUGAACGCAAGAUGGAGACUCCCUGAUAGCGAGCAUCCUUACGAUGCGGUCCUCUGUGGCGUGGCCGCUCUGGGAUGCUUGUUUUCACAUGUCCACCCCCCUGCAGCAGAGCUUGAUCUGAUCCAAUCCGCAAAAAUUAUUCUCGAGCGAGAGAUGAACCAAGCGCCUUCCAUCGCAACCAUAGCAGCCUGGGUUCUUCGAACGGCCUAUCUUAGGAUGACCGGUACAUCACAUUCAGCAUGGAUGGCUAGCUGUAUAACGAUGCACCUAGUGGAGGCUGCGGGUUUGCAUUGUGAGCCGAUUAAAGAUUCGGUGCUCCAUACUCUCGAUGAAGACGUGGAUCCGGAGAUCCGGAGAGGUUUAGUUGGUGUUGCUCGUCACCUCAAUGUAUGGAUGUCUUUCGAUACAGGGCGUUCAAGGGUGAUGAUACAUAACAUGACUACUAUAUUUCCCAGCACCCGGCCGGGCAGCUUUACACACGAGGUCCUUGGACUCCUUCCCUACUGCGACAUUCUCGACCCUGAAAAAGUGACUGAUGCCCAAGAGCUUGAGGCCACCCUUUCUAGUGUUUUGGACCGUCUUCAUACUGAGCCUCCUUCUGUCUUGGCCCAAUGCAAUAUCAUGCUCUGCAUUUGCCGCCGACUUAAAUCUUUGAACAUGGUUCUGUACGGUAAAAUUCUGGAACAGGUUCUGGCUCUUGCUCGGAAGGGAGUACGAGCCGCGCAAAACAUGGUGGAGACUGGAUCGCCCUGGCACCAUAUGGCCAACAUUCCCUUCCAAGUGAUUUGUAUACUACUUGUCAUCGAUACAAGCGCAUCAAUUUCCCAGAUCAAAGAGACAAUGCGUUGUUUGCAGACUAUUGUCGCGAAGUACAACACCGAGGCCACGGUCGAGGCAUUGCGAACAGCCUCGCUACUCAUCUUGCUGCAUCAGAAACGGAAACAGAAAUGUGCCUCAGAACUGCAUGAAAUCCUGAAAAUAUACCCUAUUGGUGCAGGGUCUGAUAUGAGGGAGCCAUCCGGGACUUCUCAACCACAGCCAGAGGAAUCGAGCUGGUUGGAAAGCCUUGCGAUCGAUCUACCGGGUCUGGAGGGCUUUGGUGGCUUGGAGCAGCUGCUGAACGAAGGAUUUGCUUGGGACUUUGGCAAUAAUGCGCCGUAG